AUGCUGAUGCAGUUGAUACAAUUUGUUGGCAUUCCUUGUCAACAAACUGCAUCAACUGCACUUUCUAAGACUCUACCAUUGUCAAUAAUAUUUGUUCUCAUGAUUUCAUUUAACAAUCUUUGUUUGAAGUACGUUGAUGUUGCAUUUUAUUAUAUUGGCAGAUCAUUAACAACCAUUUUUAAUGUGGUAUUUUCUUACAUUAUUUUGAAACAAGAAACAUCAAAAGCAGCUCUAGUUUGCUGUGGAAUUAUUAUUGGUGGUUUCCUAUUAGGAGUGGACCAAGAAGGAGUAUCAGGUUCAUUAAGUCUUACUGGAGUGAUAUUUGGUGUACUUGCUAGUGCCAGUGUGGCUCUGAAUGCCAUCUAUACAAAGAAGAUUCUUCCUAUGGUUGACCAUAAUAUAUGGCGACUUACCUUGUACAACAAUGUCAAUGCAACAAUCCUCUUUCUCCCUUUAAUCCUCUUUAAUGGUGAACUACCCACCAUAAUCAGUUUCCCCUAUAUUAGGAGCCUACAUUUCUGGAAUAUAAUGAAUAUCAGUGGCAUCCUUGGCUUUGCCAUUGGUUAUGCAACUGGUCUUCAGAUUCAACUUACAUCACCUCUCACACACAACAUCUCUGGUACUGCCAAAGCCUGUGCUCAAACUGUUGUUGCAGCAAUCUACUAUUCUGAUAGACGGUCAUUACUGUGGUGGGUAAGUAAUGUAACAGUGUUGCUUGGGUCUGGUGGCUAUACAGAGGUGAAGCGAAGAGAAAUGAAAAUUGCCCACAAAGAAGAGACACAGGUUUUGACUGAGGAAAAAGGUCCCCGAGAAAUAACUGUUAAAUAAUUUACCAGGAAUUUUAUUUAUUAUUGGAUUUUUUCUUUUAAUUGUAACUUGAUAAUGUGAUGAUUGGUCAAAUGGUUUAAUGGCCAAAUUCAUUAAAAGGUAAAAAAAAACACUAACGAGUGAUCAUCUGCUGGAAAGUUUUAGAUAAAAGACCAUAGGAAAUGGGAAACAAAUUUUUUUUUUAAAUAUGGAAUUUUUUUUUUAAAAAAAAGAGGAGAAACAAAUUCAUGGGGAAAUGUUUCUUUAAUUGUAGUAUAUUUACCUCUGACUUUAUGUGUGGGAAUACAUGUGUAUGUAUGAAAUGUUAUUAUGUAGGAAAUGGAUUAUAUUUUGUUGAUAUCAGUUUUAUAGUGGUAAAAAUUAAGUAAAUGAUCUGUAUAAAAUUUUGUAUUGUUUCUUUCUGCAAUCAAUGAAUUAACUCCCUUACUUCACCUAACCAACUAAUAAAUCGCGCACGUAUGCGCACGCACACACAUAUUAUUCAUCUCAGGGUAGUUUUGUGGGAAUGCAAUGCUGAAUGAAAUAUUCAUCAAUACUUAACUUUAUUUUUCUAUGUUGAGUGUUAGGUUUACUUUGCCUCUAGCUUCAAUUAAAUAAAUAGCACCAUUCUGUUGAUAUACUUGAAUUGGCUCAAUGUAUGAUCUAUCUCCCUUCAUCUUCAGAAAUUGUCCUUUUGAUUAACGAGUACUUUAUGUAAUUUUACUGCUGAGCACUGUUGUGCUGGAAGAGAUGUAAAUGUAAAUAAUUCCUUAUUGUGACCGGUUUCCAUCUCCUGGCUGAUACCAUUAUGCAUCACUUAUGUUGCCAAUGCCUUCUGGGAAAUAAAUGAAUACACAACCAUC